UUCUCACUUCAUGUUAUGUGGCACGUAUUGCUCAGCAAUCAACAAUUUGGGUAAAAGUGAAUGCAAUUUCGUACAAGGUAGAUUGUUUAAAAGAUCCACGAAUUAGGUAAACCGCACCAUGAUUGAGUCCUGCCCUAAGAAACGGAUGUUACUUGGCAUAACGUUUCUAGGAGUAUUAACCAUCUUGGUGCUGAUUGUGGAGUCGCAUUGGACUGAACACACAAACCCAUCCAGGAAAAGAGUCUUCAUUGUGGAGCAGAACUCAACCUGCUUUGAGAAGGAACAUUUUGAGAUUAUCAAGGAAUGCGAACCUUGCACUGAAUUUGAAAUUGCUAGCAAAAGUAUUGGAGUUUGCAUUCAUACACAUUACAAGGAAGUCCUCAGGUGCGCAAGCGGAGAGACUGUAACAAGGAGCUGCGAUAAGACGGCUUUCAUUGAUGAAAGGACGUUCUGGAGGUUCGAGGGUUGCAUGUUCUUAGCAUCAGUGGUGGCCACAUUCUGCGCUCUUUCAAGAAAGCGCGUGUUGAACAGGCGGACUAUGCAAAGGGUGCAACGACAAUUAGCGAAUAGUGUUUAAAAAUGGAUACGGUAUACUUAAAA